AUGAAUUCACCAAGAUCACCGCAAACUCCGUUGAGUUUUGAAUUAAAAACAAUUAUAAAUAAUAGAAAUGUUUUGAGCACCAGGAACCGCUUGAAAGUUCUUAACAGUUUAAAUGAAAGUAAUCAAAGAUAUUUAGAAGAAAAGGAGAAAGAUUUAAGAUAUCAAGCCAUUCAAGAAAUUUUAACAACAGAAGUUACUUAUUUACGACAAUUAGAAAUACUAAUGGAGUACUUUGUACAACCUAUGUUUAAAAAGAAACUAUUAGAUCACAUUUUACUUUCAACGCUAUCCGAAAAUAUAAAAACAUUAUACAAUGUUAGUGGAGAAUUAGUAAAAGAAUUAAAAGAAGAUCCACAAAAUAUAGCUGGUGCAUUUUACAAACUUGCUCCAUUUUUUAAGUUAUAUUCUGUGUACGCUUAUGAUUACGAACAAGUUUUAUCCUUGUUACAGACAAAUCAAGAAAGCAACUGUGCAUUCAAAGAUUUUAUUAGCAAACAAGAAUCAAGACCUGAAGUUGGUAGAAAAUUACCUUCAUUAUUAAUUACACCAAUACAAAGAGUGCCUAGGUAUAAGUUACUCUUACAAGAAGUCUUGCAACAUACACCUAAUAAACAUAAGGAAUAUAAUCUUUUGCAAGUGUGUUUAGUAGAAGUUGAAAAAGCAGCAAGGCAUAUAAAUGCUUUAAUUGAACAGCAUGAAGAAGCACAAAACUUAUUGAAGCUACAAAAAUGUAUUGUAAAUCCAAUUAAUUUGGUAAAACCUGGUAGAAGAUUUAUUAAACAGGGAGCAUUAAUGAGAGUGUCAAGACGAGGAAAUUCUGCAUAUAGAAGAUAUUUUGUUCUUCUAAGUGAUACUUUACUAUAUUGCAAAGGCGAUCCAGAUAAUUCAUUAACUUUAUGUUGUGUUUUACCGUUAAAUAAAUGCAAGGUCGAAUGUGUUUUAAGCGGUGGACUGUUUCGCGUUACUUGUUUAAAUGAAACGCUGCUACUUUAUUCAGAGAAAGAUGAUAGCAAUUUAUGGAUAGAAGUAAUACAAAAUUCUAUAAAAAAGUAUGCAGAGUGUAGGCAAACCUUACGAAAGGAUAGUAGUUCAAGGAAACCAUUAAGACAUAAUAAUCUUAAUCUCUUUCAAUCUGAAAAUAUAUCAACGAAUGCUGGUAAAAGAAAAAGAUCAAACGAAGAAACUGAGGUUAAUCUGGAUGCAUCAAGAAUUAUGUAUCUCAAAAAGGAUAGAGAAGCAGACGCGGAUGUACAAUCGGAAAGUAAUUGCUUUGUAUUAUUCAACAAAUUGAAAAAAUUAAGAACUAGUGACAAUUCCGAAUACGUUGAAUCCUGUGUACAAAACAUGAACUAUAAUAUUACAGGUAAAGAAAAUGUAUAUUAUACAGAGAACACAACGUCAUGUUUAUCUCCUAUUCCUUCUUCAAACUUUAAUCAAGAGACCUCAUCAACAUUUAAAUCUAUCAGUGAAUUCUUUUCAUCUAUUGGAUCAUCUUUAAAAGAAUUUUUUAAAUUUAGAUAG